AUGGAGACCGAGGAGAAGAAGAGCCAGUGGCGCCCAGGGGCGGGCUCCUCAGCCCCGUCGCAGCCUGGUGGAGUCGGGUCCAGCGGAGGCGCGGACAAGAGGGGGGACCGCAAGAAGAGCCAGAGCGAGGACGGCGGGGGCGUCCUGAGGGGCUCCGACGGGGCGGAGGGGGCGGGCAAUCAACCCAGGGUCCGUCGUUGCGGUCGUCGCAAGGCGGCUGCCAAGGAGCGCGAGCUACAGGCGAAAGACAACGGCCUCGAGGAGCUGCUGCUGCUCCUGUCCACGCAGGCCGUUUCGAAGGAUUUCGCGGCGGGCCUCCGCAAGCAGGUCUCUACCUUCAAGGAGACAGCGAAGAAGGCCAAGGGCUCCGACAGCGCCCUCGAGAAGAAGUCCAACGAGGACGCCGACGAGCUCAGGCCAGCCCAGGAGAUUGGCCGCGUGAAUCGGGAAUACCUGGAGAGCGUCACGACGGACAUGGUGGACGAGCCGCCUCGAGAUGUCCGUCUUUGCCGCUCGGAGAACUGCGAGCAAGAGGACAUGACCAAAGUUGUGUUCGCCCUGGGCGACAAAACCAAGGGGAUGCAGAUCCUCGAGAACUUCCGCGCGAUGGGCACUCAGGGCUAG